AUGCGGUUAUUCCAGCGGUCGCAGUAUACCCCAUCCUUGGAUAAAGUGCAGUGCCUGCUGCUAUUUGGCAUCUAUCUGCAGAGCACGAACCACAUCCUGCGAUGUUGGAUGACCGUGGGCGAAGCCAUCCGGAUGGCUCAGAGUUUGGGCCUAUACCUUGACCAGCAUGUCCCAUGUAAUACUGUCGGCUAUCGAGAAUAUACGCGACGUACAUGGCACCGGUGUGUUUGGUUAGAUCGAGUGUUGUCUGCUACGCUCGGCCGUCCGGGAAUGAUUCCCAAGUGGCUUUUCAACUCGAUCCCCUUCCUAUCCAUGAUUGAUGAUGAGUUCUUUGAAACACAGCUAGAGGGCUCCGAAAAGCGACCGGAUGGAAACCCCUAUACAUUGGCUUUCGCUGGAAAGGCCUUUGAGCUCUAUCAAAUUCUGGAUGAUAUCCUUCUAGAAAUUUAUCUCACCUCGAAGAAGGAGGCGGGAUUCGAGGCAAAUCUUCCUAAUAUCAACUAUUGUCAGCGCAGCAACCCAGUAUCUACGGAGAGGGCACUGGAUUCCACCGACACCAGUCUCUCUGAAGUGAUGCUCUCCCAAUGUUCGCGCAUGUGCUUCCUACUUGCGCACGAAUUGAUCGACAUAUUCAACAGCAAACUCGACCCCAGGGCACCUAAUCUAAGCCCCCUUCCAUCAUGGUGGUAUUCCGUUCUAUACGUAUUUACAGCUGCCACGGUAAUCCUAAUCGAGCGGUUCCUCGAAGGCCGAGACAACAGCUCGAAGAAAUCUACGACCUCUCGUACCUGGGAUGCCGCAAUGCACGUGCUCGAAUCCUACAGCGUGAUUGCCGAUUCUGCGAAAAGGGGUAAAGCUGCCCUCAAGGUUCUUUCGGAGAGUGUUUCUCUCGGUAAGACCGACAACAUCUGGCUCUGGGAAUCCUUUACGGAGAUUAGCGGCUUCUCGGGGAGAGUGCAGGAGUUCCCUUUUUUGACUCUGAUGACUUCUUGUGGCUGGGAUGAUUGA